GAGUUCUAUGCCCGGCAAUGGGGCGGCCGGGCGACGUUCGAUAAAUGAAAAAGAAUUCGUGCGCGAAAGGAAGAGUCAAUAUCUAAUAAUGUAAAUUGUAUUUUUUAAGGAAAUAAUGUGAAAAAAUAAAAACAAUACUGAUUUUACGAAAAAGAUAUAUUCAAAUGUGUUUUUCAUUUUACUUAGCCGCAGUACUUAUCUCAUCGUGCAGGAUCGGUUCCUUAUAGAGGUUAUUUAAAAAAAAAACUAUAAAAAUUGGAAAACAGUGUCAAUUCCCCAAAAUGCAACGCAGUAUUCUAAAAACUGCGAUUCUUCAAUUAACUCAAAAGAGAUUUUUCAAAAAACAACCAGUUCGAGUCAGAUUUGCUCCGAGUCCAACAGGAUACUUGCAUCUCGGAGGCUUGCGAACUGCACUGUACAAUUAUUUAUUCGCCCGGAAAAACAAUGGGACUUUUAUUCUUAGAAUUGAGGACACUGAUCAAACGAGGGUAGUUCCUGAAGCAGUGGAACAACUCCACGAUGAUUUGUUAUGGGCAGGAAUAAUACCAGAUGAAGACCCAAUUAGGUUUGGACCCACGGGGCCUUAUGUGCAAUCAGAAAGACUAGAGAUUUAUGGAGAACAAGUUAUAAAACUUUUAGAAAAUGGCUCUGCGUAUCACUGUUUUUGCUCAGAACGCAGAUUGGAAAUGCUAAGGCGAGAAGCUGCUCGAGCGAGUCAGGUUCCCAAAUAUGAUAACCGGUGCAGGCACUUAAGUCAAGAAAAUGUAAAGGAAAAAUUAAAAAAUGGAGAAAAACACUGCAUCAGGUUUAAGCUUUCACCAACGCCAGAUCCAUUUAAAGACAUGGUAUACGGUGACAUAACUUUUGAUGUUUCCGUAUCAGAAGGAGACCCCAUCAUCAUGAAAUCGGAUGGUUAUCCGACUUACCAUUUUGCGAAUGUAGUCGAUGAUCAUUUAAUGGAAAUUUCCCACGUUCUCAGAGGCGUCGAAUGGCAAAUUUCCACUCCAAAACAUUUGCUACUCUACAAAGCAUUUGGUUGGACUCCUCCACAAUUUGGCCACCUGCCUUUAAUUUUGAACUCAGAUGGAUCAAAACUUUCCAAAAGACAAGACGACAUAAGGGUAGAUUUUUAUAGAAAGAGUGGUAUUUUCCCCAUAGCUUUAAUUAAUUAUAUAACGCAUGCUGGCGGCGGUUUUGAGAGAGAGCAAGGACCUCAGGAAUGUUAUAGUUAUGCAGAUUUAAUAAAACAGUUCUCUGUCGAGAAAAUAAACGUCAACUCCUCGAAACUGAGGCCCGAAAAACUCUUGGAAUUCAAUCAGCUGGAAUUGUGCAGUUUGCUUGAAAAUGAAAAAAACAACAAAAUUUUUGUUCAAAGUGUUAUUAAGUUAGUGAGCGAUUCUUUCCCAGAAAGGAAAGCUGAUGGAAGUUUAAAAUUGGACGAGGAUCACAUACUUUUAACUUUAAAGUGGGCGAAAAGCAGGAUAAAUAAAUUAACGGACCUUGUCUCGCCUGAUUUGGCAUUUUUGUGGGUGGUUCCACCUUUUUCACAAAACUUGAAGGAACUCAAACAUGCCGAAACUGUGCAAGUUUUAAGUGAAAAGCUAUCUGAUGUCGAGGAGAACAACUUUAAUAAGGAUUCUCUGAAAAAUUAUUUGAAGGAAUUUGCGAACAAUAAUGGAGUUCCAUUUGCAGAAUUAAUGAGAACUCUUCGGUCUUUGCUAAGCGGUCUAAAGGACGGGCCAGGAGUUGCAGAAAUGAUGGAGAUUUUAGGAAGGAAGAGAACUGUGGACCGUUUGAAACGUGUAAGUGACGAAAGCUCGGCGAGGAAUCAUAGAUCUAUUCAAGGAAUAUAGAAGUAAAAGUGGAGUAAAAGAAGAAUUAUCCUUUUUUUAAACGAUAAGUAUUGUUUCUCCGAGUCUCAGGCAAAUGAUUCUGUAUUUUGUACAUAAUUUUGGAUUAUACUGUGUAUAUAAAUUAACUCAACACAGAGAAAGAAUAAUUAUUUAUAAUUCUUCUCAAAAUAAAAUACAUUUCAUUGAAAA